AUGGCACAAACAUCACACAACCAUACAUUUCCAUAUCAAAUUAAUUUGCUCGAUUCAGAAAUUAAUAAGGAAUUACUUCAAUACUUUCAUGGAGAGAAAACUGGAUUUGUUCAAGUUGGACCUGAAAAGUAUUUCUUCCCUUACAAAUAUAAGAGCGAAGCAGAAAACUAUUACAACUUUAAAGCCAGGCCAAGUGAUAUAUGGGUUGUAACUUGUCCCAGGUCCGGAACAACGUGGACACAGGAGAUGGUAUGGUUGUUAUGCAACGAUUUGGAUUUUCUUACGGCCAAACAAAUUAAAUUGACUGAACGUUUUCCAUUUUUUGAGUUUCACUUGUUCGUACACCCUGAAAUUAAAAAACAAAUACUCGAAGAGGUUGCUCAUAAUAAAGAACAACAGGAAUUCAUUGAAUUGAUAUCUACUCCUGGCUAUAAACUAUUGUCUGAAAUUCCUGAAACAAAAAGGCGAUUCAUUAAAACUCAUUUCCCCUUAUCUUUGUUGCCUCCCAGUGUGAUGGAGCAGAAGUGUAAGAUUAUUUAUGUAGCUCGAAAUCCAAUGGAUGUUGCAGUUUCAUAUUACUACUUGAACCGUUUGUAUCGUACUCAAGGAUAUGUGGGAAAUUUUGAGCGUUACUGGACAUAUUUCCAGGAUGGUCUAAACCCAUGGCUCCCAUAUUUUAGCCAUGUCCGUGAGGCUAUGCAGCAUAGAAAGUCGUCAAACUUCCUAUAUCUUCAGUAUGAGGAUAUGUCUACAGAUCUUCAAGGUUCAAUUAAACGUAUUGCCAAUUUUUUGGGUUGCGAUUUAGAUUAUUCAAAAAUGGAAGCUCUAUUGCAGCAUUUGAAUAUAUCAAAUUUUCGUUUAAAUACAUCUGUGAAUGGUCAGGAAAUGAUGGAUGCUCACAUUCUAAAUAAAGAAAAUAAUGGAUUUGUUCGCAAUGGAGUAGCAGGGUCCUCAUUUGCCGAGUUUCAAGCUGUGCCCGGAUUGUUUGAACAAGCAAAUAAGUGGAUUACUGAGAAUAUUACUGCCUUAAAGACGAAUGGGAAUAAAACCGAAACGACAUGA